AUGUCAGGGAGCGCAAAGGCCAUUCGUCUCCCCCCGCUGAAAACGCUGCGGGUGCACAAUCCCAAGCGCCAGCCCGAGAACCCUUGUAUCGCCAUCAUGUCCAGCGUCCUCGCGUGCUGGGCUUCAGCAGGCUUCAACGCCUCCGGCUGCGCCGCCAUCGAGAACCAGCUCCGAAGAUGCAUGGACGGCCCAGCGCCCCCUCCCGCGCCGGCGAAUACAAUCAACUACCACUUGUCGCGGAUGCAGAAAUACGUUACGAGCCCGAAGAAGCAGAAAUAA